AUGGAUGAUGAUGAAACUUUUACUUGUCGAAUACAGUAUAUUAAUGAUUCGGAUCCUUUUGCAACCACUUCAAGUUCUUAUUUGGAACCAAUGAGACCGGUCACUUUUAAGUUUCAAUUACACACAAUUAUUGGUUAGUUCUCUUUUUUUUUUGGAUUAGAUUGUCUGCGUCUCGCCAAAAUGCACACUAUUUCGCUCUUCAGAAUAAGCAGCGCCUAUGCAUUAAAUUCAGAGACGCAGAGAUAAAUAAGCAGCGCCCAAAAUUCUGUGGGCGCUGCUUAUUUUUCUCUGCGCUCUCUCAAAAUAAUGCAUAGGCGCUGCUUAUUUUCAAAAGUGGGCGGAGCUUAGCAGCGCCUAUGCAUUAAUUUGAAGAGAGCGCAGAGAAAAAUAAGCAGCGCCCAGAAUUUCUUCAAUGAAAAAGUGGGCGCUGCUUAUUUUCUCUGCGCUCUCUCAAAAUAAUGCAUAGGCGCUGCUUAUUUUCAAAAAGUGGGCGGAGCUUAGCAGCGCCUAUGUAUUGAAUUGAGAGACGCAGAGAAAAAUAAGCAGCGCCCAAAAUUCUGUAGGCGCUGCUUAUUUUCUCUGCGCUCUCUUAAAAUAAUGCAUAGGCGCUGCUAAUUUUCCAAAAAAUGCAAAUGCGCUCUAAUAAACCAUUUUUUUCAGCCGAUCAAUUGCAAGACGUAAUUCGAACUCUUCGAGCACCGCACAAAAUCGGCGAUUCAGCUCUUCAAGUUUAUCGAGGCUUAGAAGGUGGUGGUGGAGAAUUGCACACAUAUUUGGACAACGAAUCAACUUUGGCUGAACAACAAGAAGAAUUGGAUAUUUUGAAAGCUGAUACGUAUGUUUUUCGAAGGUUUUCCCCCUAAUUUUAUCCGUUUUUCUACUUUUCCCCCGCGAGAAAAAUUCAAAUUUAUUCAUCAUUUUGUUCUGUCAGUCAGCGGGAGAGAACGAAGCGAAAGUGAAAUUUUUCUGACCAAAUUUAGGUUUUGGUUGGGAAAAGUGAAAACGCAACAUUAUCACUUUCCUAUUUUGGCCUGGAUUUUUGGGUGAAUUUGAAUUUUUGAAGAAAAAAAUUAAUGUUUUUCCCAAAGUUUUUUCCUCCAGAUGUUUGGGUUUUGGAAAAUCAAACAUCUUCAAAAAUAUUUUCUUUUUCAUAGCUGGUUUUCUUGAUGAUUGCAUAAAAAUAUAAUUAUUAUGCAUUUUUUCUUAUCUUUUUUAUUUUUAUGGAUUUUCUGGCGUUUUCUUGUUUUUGUUGCGCAAAAAUUUGACUUUUGGAAUUUUUUCCUUAAUAGGAUUACUGUAGACAAAAAUGAAAUUAGAAUGUUUCAAAAUUCAAAAUUCCACGUGAAAAACUAUGCUCUGCUCUCUUUCUCUGCGUCUCUCACAAUCAUAUACAAAGGCGCUGCUUAUUUUCCUUCACUUGCAAAAUUCAAAAAAUAAGCAGCGCCUAUGCAUUAAAAUGAGAGAGCGCAGAGAAAAAUGAGCAGCGCCCACUAUUUCAUUGAAGAAAUUUGGGCGCUGCUUAUUUUUCUCUGCACUCUCUCAAGAUAAUACAUAGGCGCUGCUAAGCUCCGCCCACUUUUUCAAAAUAAGCAGCGCCUAUGCAUUAAAUUGAGAGAGCGCAGAGAAAAAUAAGCAGCGCCCACUAUUUCAUUGAAGAAGAUUUGGGCGCUGCUUAUUUUUCUCUGCGCUCUCUCAAAAUAAUGCAUAGGCGCUGCUUAUUUUUAAAAAUUCCACCCACUUUUCAAAAUAAGCAGCGCCUAUACAUUAUUUUGAGAGAGCGCAGAGAAAAAUAAGCAGCGCCCAAAUUUCUUCAAUGAUAAAGUGGGCGCUGCUUAUUUUUCUGCGUCUCUCUCUCUCUAAGCUCUUGUGAUUUUAAUUAAACUCAAAAUCAUUUUCAUUUUCAAUAUUGAUAUUGUCAUUAUUAUUAUGUAUGUAUACUAGUGUUAUUUACAUUUCUUCCUCUUUUUCCUUCAUUAUACCAUUAUUACAAGUACCAGCCAGCCUCGACCUUUUCAUUGUUUUUAUUUAUAAUUUUUUCUGCAUUUCUUUGUAGGUCAUGUUCCUUUAAAAAAAAAAUUGUUUCUAGUUUCAAAAAAAUGCGGCUUCGCGCCUAUGCAAUCGACGUGGAUACCGUAGUAAACCCCGGCGAAAUCUACAGUAACCCAUGUUUCUGACGAGAGUUUGGCGCGAAAUCUCUCUUCCGCCUCUUGCUCCAACCAACUUCCGCUGAUCGUAAAACCAUUGCGGAAAAUGGCGCGCAACACUUCUACAGUACAUCCACCUACAGUACUCCACGCGGCGGCGCCAAUUCAAAUCGAUAUGGAGAUACCGUAUAUUGAUGAAGAUUUGCCUGCAGUACCUCAGGUGGCUACAGUAAUCCAGCCACCGUAUUCACAUAGUCGAAAUGAUAGCGGAUAUCGAUCGAUGGAUAGUUUUGAUGAUUAUUUUCGAGAAAAAAUGAUGGGCAGAUCAUCGACUACUGUACCUACAGUAACCCAAGAGAAACCGGUGUACUGUAGACCUACAGUAUCUCAAGAUUAUUCGAGUUAUGCCAAACCUACAGUACCACAGGCUACGGUAUUUGCAAAGCCUACAAUACCUCAGGAACCAUUUUCUACAGUAUUUGCAAAGCCUACAGUACCCCAAGCUACAGUAUACGCGAGACCUACAGUACCCUCAUCUACAGUACCCCAAGAAUCAUCUUCUACAGUAUUUGCAAGACCUACAGUACCUUCAACUUGGAAACCAGAUACAGUACCAGUGAAUUCAAGGACUAUGGACUCAUAUGCGAGAACUAAAGUACCCCAAGAGUCUUCUACAGUAUUUGCGAAGCCUACAGUAUCCCAAACUACAGUAUACGCGAGACCUACAGUACCCCAUCAACCUAGCUAUGCAAAACCUACUGUACUCGAUGAGUCAGUUUACUGUAGACCUACAGUAACCCGAGAGCCAACUACAGUACCCGCAAAACCUACAGUAUCCAUCGAACCUACAGUAACCCGAGCCUUCAAAUUUGAUCCGAACUACGAUCGAAAAUCAGUCCAACGAAGCACUAGUUUUCGAGCUCAACCUACAGUAUCCCCAUCUCCAACUACAGUACCAUUUUCCACGUCAACUUUGCCAAAAAGAAAACCCGUACACUUUGAGCCUUAUAAUCCUAGAGAGAAGAGUACUGUAGCUACAGUACUUUCCAAAAAUGAGAAGGAAGAAGAAGAAGAAGAACCAUUUGAUUGGGGUGAUGAAUAUUUGAAUUCGCGGGAAAAGUAGAUUUUUUCUGAAAAUUUCGGGAGAAAUUCGAAAAUUAUUGAUUUUUGCAGGCGCCGAUGCAGUUUGGUACUCCGAACACAAACUUCUCUUCGUGUCAAGACCAUUAUUGGUGAGUUUUGAAGUUUGGGCGCUGCAUAUUUUUCUCUGCGCUCUCUCAAAAUAAUGCAUAGGCGCUGCUAAGCUCCGCCCACUUCUUGAAAAUAAGCAGUGCCUAUGCAUUAUUUUGAGAGAGCGCAGAGAAAAAUAAGCAGCGCCCACUUUUAUUGAAGAAAAAGUGGGCGCUGCUUAUUUUUCUCUGCGCUCUCAAAAUAAUGCAUAGGCGCUGCUAAGCUCCGCCCACUUUUUAAAAUAAGCAGCGCCUAUGCAUUAUUUCGAGAGAGCGCAGAGAAAAAUAAGCAGCGCCCAUUUUUAUUGAAGAAAAAGUGGGCGCUGCCUAUCUUUCUCUGCGCUCUCUCAAAAUAAUGCAUAGGCGCUGCUUAUUUUUUUCCAAAAUAGGCGGAGCUUAAUAAUGCAUUAUUUUGAGAGAGCGCAGAGAAAAUAACCCUAGAAAUUUGAAUUUUGAAAUUUUUAAAAUAAAAAUGCACAUUUCUAAAUUGCCACGUCAUAUGUCACGUUUUAAAAUUUUGUUGAAAAAAUAUGAUUUUUUAGCUAAAAAUACGUGAAAAUUUAGAUUUUUUUGUUUGGUUCCAUUUUUCAGUGAAAAAGUUUUUUUUUCAAAUAAUUUCAAUUCUUCUCUAAAAUAAAUAAUCCCGAUUUUCGCUCAAAAAAUCAAGAAACUAUGAUUUUUCUCUGCGUCUCUCGAAAUAAUGCAUAGGCGCUGCUUAAUAAGCUUCGCCCCCUUUUCCAGGAAAAUAAGCAGCGCCUAUAUAUUAUUUUGAGAGACGCAGAGAAAAAUAAGCAGCGCCUGAAUUUCUUCAAUAAGAAAGUGGGCGCUGCUUAUUUUUCCUCUACCCUCUCUUCAAUUCUCACACAAUCUAUUUCACCUCUCUUUUUCCAGACAAACUUCUAAAUUGUUCCGGAAGAGAUCAACGUCGCGCUCUUUUCUCACUCAAACAAAUCUUCCAAGAUGAUCAAGAUUUGGUUCAUGAUUUUGUUCAAAAUCAAGGAUUAGAUUGUAUGAUUCGACUUGGUCGAACUGCCGAUCAAAAUCAUCAAAAUUACAUUUUACGAGCUCUUGGUCAACUCAUGUUAUAUGUUGAUGGAAUGAACGGAAUCAUUGCUCAUAAUUCGACUAUUCAAUGGUUAUAUGAAUUGUUGGAUUCGCCGGUUAGUUUAUUAUACAUUUAUUGCUCAUAUUAUAUAUGUUUUUCUGUGUAUUUUUGUGUUUAGUUGUACGUGGAAGAAGAGCGUAAAGAAAUGUCUCCGUUUCGUCUAGAAUGGGUAAUUAUUGUGUGAAAAGAAAGCAUGUAGGAAUGUUCCUUUAAGAAUUUCUUACUGUAUGCAUCCAAGUUUGUUUUUUGUAAAAAAAUUUAAUUUUCAAUCAAAAUUUUACAUUCGUCUGUGUCUCUCAAAAUAAUGCAUAGGCGCUGCUUGUUUUCCUCUUCACUCAAAAAUAAGCAGCGCCUAUGCAUUAUUUUGAGAGAGUGCAGAGAAAAAUAAGCAGCGCCCAAAUUUCUGCAAUGAAAAAGUGGGCGCUGCUUAUUUUUCUCUGCGCUCUCUUCAAUUAAUACAUAGGCGCUGCUUAUUUUGUGAAAAGGGGCGGAGCUUAUUAAUAAGCAGCGCCUAUGCAUUAUUUAAAGAGAGUGCAGAAAAAAAUAAGCAGCGCCCACAUUUUCAUUGAAAAUUUGUGUUGAAGAAGCAUGUGUGAACCUUUAAGAAUGUAUGUAUUAUUACUGUAUGUACCUUUAACAGAAACAUUUGUUAAACAAAAUAAAGGUUGUUUUUUUACAGUUCCGUCUUGUUGUCAAAACAGCUCUCAAACUUCUUCUGGUUUUCAUUGAAUAUAAUGAUAAUAAUGCAUUAUUAGUAUUAUCUGCAAUUCAAUUUGUUGAUAAAUCAAAAGGACAAGCAGAUUGGAGUGCAAUUAUGAAAGUUUUGACGGAAAAAGAUUCGCCCGAUCCGGAAACACUGGUUUAUGGAAUGACUGUUGUGAAUAAGGCAUUACACGGUAUUCCGGAUAGAGAUACGUAUUAUGAUUCUGUUGAUACUUUGGAUCAACUUGGAAUGGAAGAAGCUAUUAAACAAAUGGCAAGGUGAGGGGAUUUUGGGGGAAUUUUGGGAAAAAAUUGAGAAAAUGAGGUUCUUUUCAUUCUGAUAUGUUGGAAUUAAAAAAAAAUCAAAAUUUACCUUUUUUUCAAAUAAAAAACAUCAAUUCCAAUUUCAAUUGAAUACAAAUAAGCAGCACCUUUAAGAGACGCAGAGAAAAAUAAGCAGCGCCCAGUUUCUUCAAGCAAAUUUUGGGCGCUGCUUAUUUUUCUCUGCGCUCUCUCAAGAUAAUACAUAGGCGCUGCUUAUUUUUCAAAGUGGGCGGAGCUUAGCAGCGCCUAUGCAUUAUUUAAAGAGAGCGCAGAGAAAAUAAGCAGCGCCCACUUUCUCCAAGCAUAUUUUGGGCGCUCCUUAUUUUUCUCCUUUUCUCUGCGUCUCUCAUUUCAAUGCAUAGGCGCCGCUUAUUUCUUCCGCGGGGAUGUGAAACUAACUUGUAGAGAAUUCUGUUUAAAAACUCAAAUUUCAGAUCUAACAAUAAGGAACUGGAAGAGCAAUGUCGAUUAUAUGAAAGAGAAUUGAAGGAAGAAGAUGAGAGGGGUGAAAAUGAAAAUGAUGAUGUGGUUAAAAUGAGGUGGGUUUUUUAGAAUUUUGAUUCUUUAGAGUGAAAAGUGCAUGGUGUGACCAUUUUUUUGACACCAAAAAACCUUAUUGUUGCCUAGGUGUGUCUAGGAUUGCUCAUACUAACCCAUUCAUUCAGAAAUUCUGCUCAAUCUUCAAAUUCUCGUCGAAGUAGUCAAGGAUCGCAUGAUUCAGCAAUUACAAUGGGAAGUGAUGAAGAUCCGACUUCAACUUUGGAACGAGAAGAAAAAUCUCAAAAAUCCAAAAAAGUUUCGAUAACUCACGAGAUGCCUGAAGAUAUUGAAACAGCGUUGGAAAAAUUGAAUCGUGCUCUAUUGCAAAGACGAGAGGCAGAGAAGCAGAAAGCGGAAGAGACGAGACGACGAGAGAUUGAGCAAAACGAGGAGAUUGCAAGGAUGCGUAGAGAGGCAGAGGAAAGACGAGAAGAAGAGAGACGCAGGAAACGAGAGGAGGAGGAGGCAGACAGGUAGAGUGAUUUGAAGUGAUAAAGCAUGGUGUGAAAAGAGAUUUAGAGAAAUUGAGAUUUCUUAGAUCAUAAGACUCUUUUUUAGGGUUGGAAGAACACCAAGCGAUUUGACAAUGGUUUCGCCAACAACAUCGAAUGGAAAUGGAUUCGAGGACAAGAAAACAUUGAUGAGACGCAGACAUGAUGAGGCUAGACGCAGACAAGCAGAGCACGAACAAUUCACGGCGAAUCGAAGUGUUUUCAAUAGGUAAUUAAGAAAUUUGGGCACUGCUUAUUUUUCUCUGCGCUCUCUUCCCUUUAUACAUGGGCGCUGCUUAUUUUUCUAAGCUCCGCCCACUUUUCAAAAUAAGCAGCGCCUAUGCAUUAUUUUAAGAGAGCGCAGAGAAAAAUAAGCAUCGCCUACUUUUUAGUGAACGAAAAGUAGGCGCUGCUUAUUUUUCUCUGCACUCUCUUCAAAUAGAUACAUAGGCGCUGCUAAGCUCCGCCCACUUUUGAAAAUAAGCAGCGCCUAUGUAUUAAAUUGAGAGAGCGCAGAGAAAAAUAAGCAGCGCCUUAAUUUUGCUUGAAGAAACUGGGCGCUGCUUAUUUUCUCUGCGCUCUCUCAAUUUAAUACAUAGGCGCUGCUAAGCUCCGCCCACUUUUCAAAAUAAGCAGCGCCUAUGGUUUAUUUUGAGAGAGUGCAGAGAAAAAUAAGCAGCGCCUACUUUUUAGUGAAUGAAACGUAGGCGCUGCUUAUUUUUCUCUGCGUCUCUCAUAUAGCAAAAAAAAAAUUGAUUUUUUCCAGCACACCAUCUCCUACACCAAUCUCCCAACCAACACCAAAUCAUUUCUUCUUCUUCACCAAUCGCUCCAAAUAA